UCAUAGAGGUGGCCGUGGGCUGCAACUCGGCAACCAACUGCGACAUGAACCGUGUCACUUGACGUUGACGGACUUCGGUGAUCCAACAUGAGAUUCCUACUCGUACCCCUAGUACUUAUGUGCCAGCAAGGCAUCCACGGCAAAGCCAUACACUCUGUGGCUGGCCCUUUCGUCACAUACGGCGAACGUUUUUACUCGUGUGAACCAGACAACCGCCUGGACCUUCCCUGGAAAUGGCACUUGCGUGGUACUCACUUUAACCCCCAUAAACCAAAAGAGCCACAACUCUUAACAGGCAAUGUGACGGGUGUGAAUGAAACUAUUGAUGACGGCUGCUGGGCGAAAGUAAUUGUAGAUAUUCGGUCAAACAAUCAAUGGAAGGCAAACAACUUUGUCUGCUCUUUUAAAAGGAAUGCAUGUCAAGCUCUUAGAUCGAACAUCCCUAAAUUUUUCGAGGGUAUGUUUAAAAAGAGAGCAGACGAUAAAGGCGCAUGCAUAUUGAAACCUCGAGUUUACGCGGUCAACAGCACCCCCAUAGACUGGACUUUUCCAAAUAUUCCAAUCUUUCCUUAUGGACAAUAUAGGUUCAGAUUGACGUUUGGCAGAGGUGAAAACCUAUACGCAUGCUGGGUGGCAGAGACGAAAGUUGUUCCGAAACCCGAGUAGGACACAAUGUAUACCGGGGCCAAAGCGGAUGCUGCAGUGUUGUCCGCGUUCGGAGCGCGGCCUAAGAGAAUUGCACAAUACCUCGCAGCCAUAGCGUGGAGUCCAAAUAUAUAAUUGAACCUAGACAUAA